UGGACAGCAUGACAUCACGGGAUAAUUAAAAGCGCUUUGCGCUGGAAUUCCGUCUCCCAUUCUUCAGUUCAGGUUUGUUGGAAGAGGUUUCUUUUUCUGAACACCUGCAGGUUCGUGUGUGAGUGAAAUAUUUUCACUGGACGGGGUUCAAACUUUGAGAAAAAAAAAAAAACUGCGACGGCAGCAUUACGCCAUUCUUGCCUCUCUUGGAAAAUGUGUUCUUUAAAGAAGUGAGGUCCGGGACAUCGAGCAGAGCAGAACCACGCAGCGGAGCAGGUCCACUACUCCUGCCCGACCACAGCUCUCCUCACCGGAUUAAAUCCUCCCCAGCGACCCGGCAAUACACAGAUAUGCGCUUUUUAUUUCCCUUUAACAACUGACGCAGGACAAUAAAACAAUGGACGAUUUAUUAAGUUAAAACAUAAUCAACAAGUCCGCGGAGCAUCGCUUUACGCUCAGACCUGCAGAUGUGCGCGACCCGUUCCCAUCCGGACCGUUUCCAGCCGUCCCUCUGCGGCCGGGACGCGCGGCGAGGGGAGACCCGAGGAUGAGCGAUUGGGACCCCGCCAGUGACCCCAACCAAGCGGCCCCACCAGAGAGCAGUAAUACCGCCGUGUUUAGUACGAUGACGGCCCGGCCGACGGUACACGCUGUGUAGGAUGAAAGGUCUGCGCGCCUGUGCUCCUCUGCUACCGGUCUGCUGCGCUCUCCUCCUCAUCCUCCUCCUGCCCGGCUCCGCUCGCGCGUCGCUCAGCCGGACCCGGUCCACCGACACCAACCGGAGGGGAGAGGUCACGGAUGGGUCAGUAGCGGCGGGUCGGUCCUCGCCCCCGGCGGUGCACGCGGGAGCCGGUGCGUCUAAACAACAGUCCGUUGGCGUGCCGUCAGUAGGCGCGUGGAAACCUCAGAUCCCGGCGAGGAUCACGCGCAUACGGGCCGGUCCCCCGGUGAUCAAAGGCGAGUCGGCCGUCGUUAAAAGCAAGAUCACCACCGCGGCGUCUCAGCCCGUACCGGCUCCUCUAUCCCCGCGCUCCGGGGCUGCCGCCCGGUCCCAGCUGCUAGCCCAGCCGCGGGAGCGAGCCCCGAUCAAUUUGGGGCGCAAAGAAGCCGCGCGCUCGUGGCUGCCCGGCGCGCAUACCGCGUCCUACAGAGCGCCCGCGGCGACGGGGGACCAUGCGGGCGCAGCAGGGAAGAAGACCGCAAAAAACCCUCCGAGGCCCGCGUCGGCGGGCGCCUCCACGCGCACCGGCCAGCCCUACAAAGCCGCCGCCGCCGCCAGUAAGAAGCAACAGCAGCAUCACCAGUUGCCAAACCAGUACGCGGCACCGUUGGUGCAGCGCGGCGCCCACAAGGCGACGCAGGUCAGAGCGAGCGAGCGGGAGUUGUACCCCAAGCAGCCGCUGGUGACCCCCCAUGACUACAUGCUGUCUCUGUACUGGUCCCUGUCCACGCGGGACCACCUCAACACCAGCGCCCCGCACGACGCGGGUCUGGCCAACACCAUCACGAGCUUCGUGGAUAAGGGCCAAGACGAGCGGGGCCCUCCCCUGCGGAGGCAGAAGUACGUCUUCAACAUCAGCUCCCUGGAGCGGGACAGCCUGCUGGGGGCGGAGCUACGCAUCCUGAGGAAGCCCCGCCUCCUGGACCCCCGCCGGGCCCAGGGGGGAGGGGCUCCCUUCCUGAGGCUGUACACCUGCGCCUCAGGUAACCAGAAGCCCGCCCUCAUCCAGACCCGGGCGCUGGAGGACCUGGCCUCGGGGGGGGGGCGGGGGGGCGCGGGCGGGGCCAGCAGCCGCUGGGAGGUGCUCGACAUCUGGAAGGUGUUCAAGGGCUCCCGGAGCCAGAAGGCCUCCUCCUCCUCCUCCACCUCCUCCUCCUCCUCCUCCUCCUCCGCCUCCUCCUCCUCCUCCUCCUCCUCCUCCACCCUCUGCUUUGAGCUGGAGGUGCUGGAGCGCCGGGGGGGCCGGCCCCUGGACCUGCGGGCGCUGGGCUUCUCGCGCCCCGGGCGGGCCACCAAGGAGAAGGCCUUCUUCCUGGCGUCGGGGCGCACCCAGAAGCACGAGCUGUUCUACAACGAGAUCAAGGCGCGCUCCGGCCACGACAACAAGACCGUGUUCGAGUACCUCUUCACGCAGCGCCGCACGCGCCGCGCGCCCGCCGCCCGGGGCAGCAAGAAGCCCCCUCCGCAUCACCACGGGCAACAGCAGCCGCAUCAGCACCAGCAGCAGCCCCAUCACCAACAGCCUCCGCCGGGACCCCCGCCCCCCCCGCCGCCGCCGCCGUCGCCGCAGCUCCACCAGCACGCCGCCGCCGGGAAGCCGCUGACCCGCCCGCGCUGCCACCGGCGGCAGCUGCACGUCAACUUCAAGGAGAUGGGCUGGGACGACUGGAUCAUCGCGCCGCUGGAGUACGAGGCCUUCCACUGCGACGGCGUCUGCGACUUCCCCAUCCGCUCGCACCUGGAGCCCACCAACCACGCCAUCAUCCAGACGCUCAUGAACUCCAUGGACCCCGAGUCCACGCCGCCCACCUGCUGCGUGCCCACGCGGCUCAGCCCCAUCAGCAUCCUGUACAUCGACUCGGCCAACAACGUGGUGUACAAGCAGUACGAGGACAUGGUGGUGGAGUCCUGCGGCUGCAGGUAGCCUGGGGCC